UACGGGCCACGAUAAUAUUUAAAUUUAAACAAAAAAAAAUAAUAAUAAUAAUAAUAAUAAAUAAAUAAAAACCAUUAUCAUCGUUGUUUAAGAAUUAGUGAUAACGGUUCUUCAUUCUCUCAUUAUAGUCAUUACCGUAGUCCGUGUUCAUACUGUAGUGCUACAGUCGUAUAGUGUGUAGUAGGUUGUUGCCGCUGUAGGUAGUCUGGUGGUGUGUCGUGCCGUUUUUUUUCUUCUUCCUGCCGACGCGAAUGACGAUUAAAAAUUCGAAUGAUGUAGGCGUACUCGGAAGACGUCUUCCACGCGCAUUGAAUAUUAUUUCGGGAAUUCGUUUUGUGUUAGUCCGUGUUUGUGUGCUGGCGAUGUAAACGAAAAAUAUGGAUCUCUCGAAUAGGUAGCUGACAUGAAGUCAUACGUUCGUCGGAGACUAGAUCGUUUCGUGUAGGUAGUAUAACUGUUUGGUACGAUCAUGUUGAUUGCAUACUUGUUGUUCGUAUCAACCCUGUUGUACGAAGCCGUGAUUUGCAAUGUCAAGAAAAGCUGCCACAAGAAAUGUGAUUGUCUCGGCACAUAUGUCGACUGUAGCAAAACAAUGAUUAACACAUUUCCAGAAGCAUUACCUCCAUGGAUGGAAACUUUGGAUUUGAAUUUAAAUAAAAUUGAUGGAACUCUGACAAUCGAUACUAGUAGUUAUUUACAUCUAACAACAUUGAAACUUACUAAGAAUUCAAUUUCAUCUUUUCCAAUAUUUGUUAACAAAACAAAAAUAAAUCACUUGAAUUUAGCACAUAAUAAAAUAGAAAAAUUGGAGGCCUUAGAGAAUUUACCCAACUUAAAAACUUUGGACAUGAACAAAAAUAAAUUAGUAUUUUUGGAUGAUCAUUCUUUUCCACAAUCCACACACUUGAAAAUACUAAAUCUGAACAAUAAUUUAAUCACUAACUUAACUGCAAAUUGCUUAGACACAUUGAUAAAUUUAGUAGAAUUGAAAAUAUCCCACAAUAAGCUAAACAAUUUACCUGGUGGAUUAUUCAAAAAAUUGAAAAACCUUGAAUUUCUCGAUUUAAGUAGAAAUCACAUAACUGUCAUUCAUGGUUUAUUAUUUAUGGACUUGGGGAAUUUGAAAACAAUAAUACUUCGACAAAACCAAAUUGAAGAUUUACAAGAUGGAUCAUUUUUUGGUUUAAUAAAUUUACAAUCAUUACAUUUAGAAGAUAAUAAUUUGAGCAAAAUAUCCAAAGGCUGGUUAUACGGACUGAAUUCACUUGUCUACUUAAAUAUAAGUUAUAACAGAAUAGAUCAAAUCAAAAGUGGAUGGGAGUAUUGUGCAGAGCUUGAAGAAUUGGAUUUGUCGUAUAAUAAACUACAGUACAUUGAAAAAAGUAAUUUAGAAAAUUUAAGAAAGUUACAAAAACUGCAUUUAAAUAACAAUAGAUUAUCAUUCAUUGAAGAAGGAUCAUUUAAUAAUACACCUAUGCUACGAAUACUUCAAAUGGAUCACAACUAUUUAUCGUGGCUUAUUGAAGAUGCAAAAGAAACUUUUAUUGGUCUAAGAAAUUUGAAAAAAUUAAGUUUAGCAAAUAACAAGAUAUUAUUCAUUAAAAAAGAGGCAUUCUCUGGCUUAGACAACCUAGAUGAAUUAAAUUUACUUCAAAAUAAUGUCCUAGAAAUCCAAGAUGAAGCUUUCAAAUAUAUGCCUAAUCUUGAAUAUCUAUAUUUAAAUAGUUCUUCACUAGUAUGUGACUGCUCAAUGUCAUGGCUUAAACAACCAAAUAUAUUUGAGAGUUUACCAUUUGAUUACAUAAAUGCGUUUUGUGGUUUCCCGGAAAAAAAUAAAGGAAAAAAUUUGAAAGAAAUAUCCUUAACAGACUUCUCAUGUCUUGAGAAUAGUCCAAAGCCCACAAUAAUAUUCCAUCCUGAAUCAAAAAUGGUUCUUGAACGGCAAAACAUUACUUUAAAAUGUGGGGUAAAUUCUUCAUCAACUGAAAAAAUUAAUUUUGUUUGGAAAAAAGAUAACCAUGAUUUGGAGUUAAUUUCUACAAACCAUUACUCAUCUUUCGAGUUCAAUGGUAUGACACAAUUCUCUGUUUUAAACUUGUAUAAUAUUUCGAUGUCACAAAGUGGUAAAUAUCAAUGUGUUGCUUCCAAUGAAUUUGGUAUCACUUAUUCUAAUCGUUCAGUUUUAUCAGUUGUUGUGUAUCCAUUUUUUGCUAAAGUGCCUGGAAAUAGUUCAGUAAAGACUGGUCUUACUGCUAGGUUAGAAUGUGCUGCAAAUGGAUAUCCAGUUCCUCAAAUAUCUUGGCAAAAAGAUGGAGGAACUGAUUUUCCAGCAGCACAAGAACGCCGUAUGAGAGUGGCUAGGGAUGAUGUAUUUUUAAUUGUUGAUGUAAAAUUAGUUGACAUGGGCAUAUAUAGCUGCACUGCCAAAAAUGUCGCUGGAAUGAUAGCUGCAAAUGCAACACUUAAUGUUUUAGAACCCCCUUGGUUUAAAAGUGAAAUGUCCAACAAACAAGUUAGGGUUGGUGAAGAAGUCGUUUUAGAGUGUUUAAGUUAUGGAUAUCCAAAACCAAAAAUAAAAUGGAUUAAAGAUGGUGUUUCUCUUACAUUGAGUAAUAGACACUUUUUUACUGCUGAAAAUCAACUUUUAGUUAUAAUGGAAGCUAAUACAGAUGAUUCGGGCACUUAUCAAUGUGAAAUAACUAAUUCUUUAGGAGUAAAUAGUCAAAAAGUUGAUGUUCUAGUUAUGCCAUUGUAUCAGAGUUUAAUUCACGAAUAUACUCUUGGAUUGGUUGUCAUUGCAAUAAUUUUAUGCAUUAUAAUUAUAUCAUCAAUUUGGGUAUUAUUUGUUUAUAAAGCAAAACGUCCUUCACCAAAUUUAAUAAAUAAUGCUGACAAUAAAUCAUUGGAUUCUUCAAACAGCAAAGACAGUGGUACUGGUGAAUCCACUAAAAGAAGUCAAGAGCAAUUAUUCAAUGAAUGUUCGAAUGCUGGUCAAAAACUAAAUAAUAAUUUAGGCAAUUUAUCACCAGAAAUAAAUUCACCAUUACUUACACAUGCUUCUGUUAUUCUUGGUGAAAAUUCUGUCAAGUACAAACAUUCAAAAACAGCCACCCUACCAGUCCAAUUGCCAACUACAGAGCCGCAUGAAACUGUUGAAGACCAAAUUAAAUGCAUUAAAACCUCUGAAAAACCAUGUUCCAUACCAGCUCUACUGCCAAAUGAGACUCAGGAUUCACCUCCAAUUGUUCAACAGUCGUGUUCCCAUGUUAAUUUGCAUGAGCAAACUGUUGAUCCUCUUUAGUUCAUCAUUUAAUCUUAUUUUUUUAUUUGCCUAUAGUAUUAUGUGAAAUGUAUAUAUAUUUUUUUCCUAUUAUUAUUUCUAAACCAAUAGUUAUCUAUGCUUGUGAGACUUGGUAGAGAAUAAGAAAAAGUGUAAGUGAAAAGUGAAGAUAACAAAAAAACUUGUGAUAAGAAAAAGGAAAGUCUUUAAAACAUUUAUAGACCCGUGUAUAAUAAUGGCCUAUGAAUACAGGAAAAAGACAUAAUGAAGAUUUGUAUUCUUUUUAAUGUAAACCCAAUAUACUUAUAUUUACAAGAUAUAAAUGACUAGAUUGGCUGAGAUUGUAUAGAAGGCAAGGAUAUGAGGUUAAUGAAUGCAACAAUAGAAUGAACUUUGCUUAAAGAAAAUGGAAAAGCUUAUUAGUGCGACACAGGUCUGAUAUGGAUUGUUAAGCUGUUGAUUAUGAUUAAUAUUCCAACUUAAUCCUACUUAGAUAUUAAUGAAAUAUCAAAAUGGUUCCUGUCUUUAAUUUUUGUUUUUAAUAAUUUUAAGAUUCUUUUAUUCAAAUAUAUUAACAAGGUAAUGUAAUAACUUCUAUUUCCUUUAAACUUUUGACAUGAGUUAUUUAAAAUGAUUUAUAUUUAUUGUGAUUGUCAUUUCCUUAAGCUAACUCAAUUACAAAAGUUAAUUUAUAUGUAUUACUGUUAGAAUGCUUUCAAUAUUCUACAUGUAUUGUUAUUGAACUUUGUAUACUAUUAUUAGAAUGUACAUCAUUUUUAAAUAUCUAUUAAUAGUUAUUUAACAAUUUAAUUACAUACUACAAAAUUGUAACAUAAUACAGUAAACUCUUGAUAAUCCCCUGAGCUGAUUAUCUGUGGUCUUCCGCCAAACUAUAAAGAUUUAUGUAUCCAUAUAUAUUAAAUAAUAAAUUAUUAAAGAACAUCUCAAGUUUCAAAACUUAACGCAGAACAUUGUAAUACUGAUGACUGUGUUCCACCUAGUGGUUUUGAUAUCUGAAGAUGGACAUACUUUUUUUAUCAAGUUUUGCCUCCAAUAUGAGAAUUUGUUCAUGAUAACUGUGCCACCCCAAUCAAGAGUUAACUGUAUUUAUUUUUAUUUCUAUUGUUACGUCUUAUGUUUUAUAAUUUUUAUAUGUAUUAUGGAUCUCAUUACAAAUAAUGUUACAGUAAAACUAUUCGUAUUUUGUACUACUUAAUUAAAAAUUGUAAUAAUAAAUAACAAAUAAAAAAGAAGUAUUUAAUAAUAA